AUGGCUACAAAAGUAGUGGUAUCGUCUACAAACAGAGGAGGCGAACAAGUAAAGCGCAUCAGCAUCUGGUUCUACAACUCCAAAGCCAUACUUGACCCACAAAUUCCAACCAUGACGGAGACAUACCACAAACCUCCUGAGACAAUUCUGUUCUGGAAGUGCAAACAGCGGAAAGGCAAAAAAACGAAAUGCAACUAUAUUAAUAACAAGGAAAACAUGAACUGUCGCGGCUGCAACACAAAACGGGACAAGGGAGAUAUCGCCAUCGAUAAAUACAAUCGUACCAUUGGUAUGUUGAAAAAGGUGGAAGGUGUGGUAGAGUAUUGGGAGCAUUAUGAGUUGGAUGAUGGAGUUAGGGAGGGAGAAACUGGAGUGACAUCAGGUGGAGGGAGCUAG